UCUCCUUCCCUCCCUCCGUCCUGCUCUCACUGUCCUGGUACAUGAUGGUACGUGUGUUGACGCUGUGAGCUCGAGGCCUUUGGAAUGUUCUCUCCUGUUGAGAGUGAGGCUGCUGGAAUGCAGAUAAUACUCCUCUGCUUCCCUUCCACGGGGUAGCCUUUUCCCAGACCAGACCAGCAGGACUUGGUCACACGGGCCAGAUCCUCCCAUCUUAGGUGCAGCAGCCAGAAAGUUCGGUGUCGUCCAGGAGUUUUUGGAGUGCUUUUAAGAGUUUUUACACCUGUGUGUUGGACAGACCACCAGCACGCGACGUGUGUGUGUGUUGACCUGACAUUGUCCAGUGUCAUGGCCGCCCCCUCCUCCUAACCCAGAACACCCUGGUGGUGGUGGUGGCGUCAGGAGAAGCGGCGGCAGCAGCAGCUGCAGUGACCACAGUCGCGGGCCCGCUGUCACGUCACAGCUGGUAGGGGAUGAUGACCACGUCCCAUAUGAACGGUCACGUGACCGAGUCCGGUGGUGGCGGUGGCGGUGGCAGCGUUGAGGGCACGGGUUCCAGCGGGCGCCACCACCACGAGAGCCCCGACGAGCCUCAGCAGUGGCACCGCGAGAUGGCGGUGGACUGCCCUGGGGACCUGGGCGCCCGCACGCUGCCCAUCCGGCGCAGCGCCCAGCUGGAGCGCAUCCGGCAGCACCAGGAGGACCGGCGGCGGCGCGAGGAGGAGGGCCGCACGCGCCAGGAGCUGGACCUCAACGCCUCCAUGCGCCUCAAGAAGCUGGCGCAGAACCCCAAGGUGGGCAUCGACAACCCCACCUUCGACUCGCUGGAGGGGCCCGGCGGGGCGCUGUCUGCCCUGCAAGGUCUCGGGGGUCCCCCCACGCUACUAGAGUUGGAGGAGCUGCUGCUGUCCCUGAAGCAGGUGCAGGGUUGCCUGGGCGAUGAGCAGAGCCGCGAGGACGUGGAGCUGGUGCUGCAGCUGGUGCAGAAGAGCGACUUCCAGAAGGCCUUUGGCAUCCACAACGCCGUGGCAACGCAUAUGCACCGCGCCAGCCCGCCCUUCCCUCUCACAGAGCGCGCCCAGGGGCUCACGCAUGAGGUCCAGUCUAUGCUUCUGUCAACCUCACACAAGGAAGGUCUUGAGCUCAAUGCCCUGCUGUCCUCACCUAACUUCCAGGCUCUGAUGCUGGCCCAUGACCACAUCGCGGAGCAGGAGAUGCAGCUGGAGCCGGCAAGCUUCCAGGAGCGGCAGUGCGAGAGCCUGACCCAGUGGGGUGGGGAGACGGUCAAGAUCGUACGCAUAGAGAAGGCCAAAGACAUCCCCUUGGGUGCAACGGUGCGUAACGAUAUGGACAGUGUGAUCAUUAGUCGCAUCGUGAAGGGCGGUGCGGCCGAACGCAGCGGCCUGCUGCAGGAGGGAGACGAGGUCCUGGAGAUCAAUGGGGUGGAGAUCCGCGGCAAAGACGUCAAUGAAGUCUUCGACAUCCUGGCGGAAAUGCACGGGACAUUAACGUUCAUCCUGAUCCCGACACCUCACACCAAACCCCCACCAAUCAAGGAAACUGUGGUGCACGUGAAGGCGCACUUCGACUACGACCCGUCUGACGACCCGUACGUGCCGUGUCGAGAGCUGGGCCUGUGCUUCCAGAAGGGGGACAUCCUCCACAUCAUCAGCCAGGACGACCCCAACUGGUGGCAGGCCUACAGGGAUGGGGACGAGGACAACCAGCCGCUAGCCGGCCUGGUGCCAGGAAAGAGUUUCCAGCAGCAGAGAGAGGCAAUGAAGCAAACCAUAGAAGAAGAUAAAGAACCAGAGAAGUCCGGAAAGCUGUGGUGUGCAAAGAAAAACAAGAAGAAAAGGAAGAAGCUCCUGUACAAUGCCAACAGAAAUGAUGAUUUGGACAAUGAUGAAGUUCUGACCUAUGAGGAGAUGGCUCUGUACCACCAGCCAGCCAAUCGGAAGCGACCGAUCGCUCUGAUUGGCCCUCCCAACUGUGGUCAGAAUGAACUGAGGCAGAGACUGCUGACCAGUGAGCCAGACAGAUUUGGAGGAGCAGUCCCACACACCACGCGAAACCGCCGGGAUUUCGAGGUGAACAGCCGGGACUACCACUUUGUCUCGCGGCAGGCCUUCGAGAUGGACUCGACGGCGGGCAAGUUCAUCGAGUCGGGCGAGUUUGAGAAGAACCUCUACGGCACCAGCACCGACUCCGUGCGGCAGAUCAUCAACACGGGCAAGAUCUGCAUCCUGUGCCUGCACACACAGUCGCUGAAGGUUUUACGGAGCUCAGACCUGAAGCCGUACAUCAUAUUCAUCGCGCCUCCCUCCCAAGAGCGAUUGCGUGCUCUCCUGACAAAAGAGAACAGGAACCCAAAGCCCGAGGAGCUGCGUGAGAUCAUCGAGAAGGCACGCGAGAUGGAGCAGAACUUUGGGCACCUGUUUGACGCGGCCAUCGUCAACACGGACCAGGACAAGGCCUACCAGGAGCUGCUGCGCCUCAUCAACAAGCUGGACACCGAGCCCCAGUGGGUGCCCUCCUCCUGGCUACGCUGAGCUGAGCUGAGAUUGCGUCUGCCUGCCAUGGUGAACACUAAUUUACACACACACACACACACACACACGUGCACACAUACACAUGCACACACACUAAAUGCAUCCAUGCCCACUCAGACACGAGGGGUGCCCUCCUCCUGGCUAUGCUGAGCUGAGCUCGCACCUGCCUGCCAUGGUUAACACUAAUUUACACACACACACACACACACACACACACACACACACACACACACACACACACACACACACACACACACACACACACACCAGUGUGCACACACUCUAAAUGCCCCAUUGACAUGUACGUACGUACGUGCGCACGCAAGACACAAGCUGUGAUUGACGAACACUGUUCAACGUGCUGCUCUCGGCGCAUGCAGCUGGAGGGUAAAAAGAGUUUGCGUGUGAGGUUCGGGUCUGAGAUUGACUGGGCUUGGACAUCUGUGGUGGAACGACUGCAGAGUUCCAGGACCUCGAUUCAUCACAGAGCCAAUUGCGCCUCUGAGAACUACGUUUGAAAUCAUGAAAUAUUUUUUUUUAUUAUUCUCUGAUCUUGAUAUUUCUUCUCUAAGUUAAUUCCACAUUCCAUAAAUGAUGUAAUGAGUAUAUCUCUUACCAGCACUUGCUAUCAGCAGUAGAAUGAACUCUGAGAGCUAUUUAUAAAUGAAGACUUUUUUUAAAAUGAGGAUGAAGGUUGUUCUACUACAUGUACAUGGAGUAGUUGCACAGCUCCACGAAUGGCGGCCUGAGGUGCCUGUGUGCGUGCGUGUGGUGUGUUGAGUGCGUGGUGUGUGUGAGUGUUCAUAUAUAUGUAUUUGUGUGUUUACCUUAAUGAUGAACACAACAAAUAACAUUAGUUGCUGGCAUCUCUACAACCAGAGGAAAGUUUUUGUUUUUCUAUCUUGCUUUUUAUUUUCUUUGUCUGUGUCGCAUUGUUUUUACCCAUUCUACAUGCGAAUGUGACAUGGGAAUUUUACCGGCAAGGCUGUGUUUUUACCAUGGCAAGCAGAGGGGGGAGGGACGGUCAACGUUGACACUGCAUUCCAGGUCUGGAAACAUGACAUUGGAACAGCAUGGAGGCAGUCCACUAAUAGAUGAAUGACUUGUCUGUUUUUGGACUAAAGGUAAUUUAGAAACAAGGUCUUUUCUGUCAGUUACAACCUCUGUCCUGAAAAACUGUGCAUAUAGAAGGGUAUAUAUACAGUAGCUGGUUUACUCCUUUGCCAGGUCCACUCUCCUCCACCAUGCUGAAGAUCAAGAAGAGUUUGCUGGUAUUGCUGACCCUCCCGCGUUACUGCAAAUGUCAGACUGGCUCCAAUCAUGCCAACCCAGGGGAUAUUCCAAGAACCUUGGCUCAGUUGUAAACCAGGUUAAGCUAACCUUGAGGUGGUGGUAAAUCACCUAAUAGAAGAGCUGGUCGUCCUCAUUUUUCACUGAAGGACACAUGUGGGCUAUCUUUUAGCGACUUUACCAUAUCCUGUUGGUUAACCUAGCCAGCUCUACCACUAAACCAUGUUCUUGCAAUUAUUCAAUACCCCCCUGUCGCUUCAGCCAGGUUCAUAUCCGGAGCUCGUACCAGCCAGUGACACUUCAGGGAAAAGUGCUUUUCUCACUUCUUAUUUUUAAAUGCCUAUUUCAUAAACAAAAAUGUGUAACCAUCAGUAUUUUACAGCAAUAUGAAAAAGUAUAUAUUAUUAUGGUGUGUAUGUACAUUUCCUUUAAUUGACACUAUUCUGUUAUGAAGUUGGUGUUUUUUUGUUUGUUUUUUGUAACUUAAUGUGUUUUGUGCCGUUAGAAUUGCAAUGCUAUGUGUUUUUAAUAAUAUUUUCACUACGUUGAUAGUCCUGCGUUAAUGAUUUGUUUUCCACCAGUGUUGUUGAUAGUUUCAUAUCAGAUAUUUGAGAGAGACUAUUAAGUUGACUGUAAUGGGCUUUUUAGGACUUAGGGUGUAAAACAGAUCUGACUAUUUUUUAGAGGUGUGUUUGCGAUUGUGGUGCGUGUGUUUGCGUGACUGAGAGAGACUGGUUGGUAGUGACACUUUAACUGGCAUUGCUUGUAUGCAUACAAGGGACAGUCACUCAAUAUGGGGAAGUAUUAUUGUAUUAUCUCUGCAAAAACAAAUGGAUACACUGGAAACAGCCGAACUCGAGUUGAGUUCCACAAUACAUUGCUUUUUCUUUUGCUCUUACUUUUUAAAAUAAAUAUUCACUGUGUAUUUACAAGACGCUACAAAUGUUUAGCCCCUGUUCAGUAGACGGUUCUACCAUAGAAAGGCGUGUGGAUGUUUCAUUGUCUUGUCUCUGGCACUAUUGGGUCUUCAGAUGGUUGUGAAAUGUUAUGAAUAGGGAGGUGGCUAUGGCUACCCUCCAAGGGCCACAGCUGUUCAUGACGGUACCCGGCAGGCAUAGGUGCAUCCUCCAUGCUGUCAUCUGAAGCACAGUUGUAGCGCAGCGUUGUGUUCUCUCUGAUUAUCAGCACUCGGUAGCUCCCUCUGGUGUAGGAUAAAGGUAUUGACUCUUUUUAAUCCCUUUAUCUGCAGUGCAAAGUUCAGAGAAACAAGCUGGGUAGUUGGAAUUCCUGUCAAAAGUUUCGCCUCGUUUAUUUUUAUCAGGUUUUUCAGUCUGCAUACCUGCAACGUGACGGCAAUCUCAUAAGUUUGUUUGCCUUCAGGUUAGACAUCAGCGUUGGCACCUGUUGUGUUCAUCGGUCUUGCAAGCCAUUUUGGUCACUGUGUGACCUGUCAAGCUGCAAGUAAUGCAAGGGCUUUUCAUUUUGUUCCGAAACUACAUACAUCCCACCUUCACUUGGACCUUUCUAGGGCCUUUCACUAUGACCUUUUAGUGAAAACUUCUUGUACGAUUGACCUUUUUUAUUUUCAAAUGACAUGAAUCUCCAUCACUAUCUCUUUUUUAUUUUUAUGCUGUUAAUUCUAGGUCCUCUUCUGAUUUCCAGCAAACACAUAUCUAAUCACACCCUUGUUUUAAACAUGUUGUAGAUACAUGCCAAUUAACUGGAAGUAGAACUAAUGAAUGUAAAGUUAUUGUAUGGAAAAUAAAUCACUUUUCUUUAAGCAUUUUUUUUGUAUAAAUUAUCAAGGUGAAUUAAAGAUGAGAUUUGUUGUAUA